UUCAGUGAUCCUUUUGCCACGCAUCAUGAAUACAUGCGGCAGAUGAUGAGAAGCUUUUCUGAUCCUUUCGGGCGAGAGCCGUUUCUCAGUCUAACAGAUGGUAGGGAGAGAACGGUAGAUCGAAGAACACACCAUGAUUCUCAGGUUGCUCUGAGAGGAAAUCGUAGAGCAGUAAGCUGCUCCCUCAUGCCCUUUGCAGGCUUUGGUAGUAUGGAUUCAGAUUUUGGGGAACCUUUUUUUGCAAUGGACAGAAUGAUGUCAAAUAUGAGAAACAGUAUGCUAGAGAUGCAAAGAAAAUUUGAUGACCUGUCUGUCCAUCCAGAUGCACACACAUUCAGCUCCUCCUCUGUGAUGACGUAUUCCAAAAUAGGGGAUGAACCACCAAAAGUUUUCCAAGCUUCAGCUCAGACACGCACAGCUCCAGGAGGUGUUAAGGAGACAAGAAAAGCGCUCAAAGAUUCUGAAAGUGGACUGGAAAAAAUGGCUAUUGGUCAUCAUAUUCAUGAUCGUGCCCAUGUCAUAAAAAAAUCUAAGAACAACAAAACUGGUGAUGAAGAACUGAACCAAGAAUUCAUCAACUUGGAUGAAACUGAGGCCCAGACCUUUAAUGAAGAGUGGCAGAAGGAGAUUAUGAAGUUCAAGCCAUCUAGAACUAGAUGCAAUAUAGAAGCUCCAAAAUACAGAAGUAUUCAUCACGUACCCAAAGAAGAUGGAUCAAGAAGAGAGAAAGCGCUUACAAGAACAGCAAUUGCAGGUUCCAGAGGACCCAAAGUUUCUUUGGAGAACCUCAGUGUGAAAGGAUCACAUGUCCCCAUCAAAAGCAGCAAAAAAUAAAUGGUUUGCAUGUCCUUUCGGAUGGAGCUUCUUCAGAGAAGAUAAUGGUGCUGUUCAUGUUUGUAUAAGUAUAUGCAUAUAUAUAUGACCAAUCUCUGUUUUUUGUUUUACUAAGUAUUAGGGUGCCUUUCUGCUGUAGUCUUUUGACCAUUGAAUGUUCUUUAAAACUCCAGAUGCUUGGUUUAAACCAUCUAGUUUCAAUAAAUUUGUUUAAAAGUACUUUCCACUUCAAAGCACUUUAAUGAGAUAUCACUAAUUCUGUUUAAAAAUACGUUGCUUUGCCUUGCAAGGUUUUUUCCCUGCAACUGCACUAGUUGUCUCCAGCUUUUUAAUCAAGCCUGAUAAUGAAACUGCUUUUUUCCACUGCUCUUUCCAAGAGAGCAAAUUCUCUUUUAAUUUUGUGUGGGUGAAACAAUUGUUAGUUUGGGUUCAGCAAGACAUCAAUUAAUUGCAAAUUCAGUACACUAUAGCCAGUAUGUAUUUAGCUUUAAAAUGACAUUGUAAAUUAUUAUAGAAUCCAUAGAUAUAUCUUCUUUAAUAUGAAGAAAAGUGAAAGGAAUACUAAAAUGAUAAUUAAAUACUACUUAAAAUUUAGACUUUAUCAGUUUUCUUCUAUUCGUACACUGCACUAGCAUCUCAUUUUCUGUGCCUAGGGUGUUAAUUUUGUAUUUUUGAUUUCAUAUAUUUCCUUUGGAGGUGGCCCAUUAUAUUUCAUUCUUGAAGAUUCUCUGUAGUAGUUCUCAAUUUUUCUGUAGUAAUAACUGUGUCCUUCUAAAACUCAGCUGUAACUUAGUUCUUAAUCAGAAAAGUAUGUGGGAGAAAUUGGUUCAGUAGGCAGUGGUUUGUUAAUUAGAUAAUGUAUAAUUACUCCAUUUCUUCUGUUCUGAAAAGCUAAAAUAGCUAAGAGAAAAGCUUCCUGUAUGCAAAGACAACAGAUAUGUUGUGUGAUUUUUUUUUUUUUUUUUUUGUCCUGAUCUAGCAGAUGCAGAGGAAUCUAGUAGAUCUUAACACUUGAUCUCCCUUGAGAGAUUUUUUUCUCCCUCCCUUAAUGUUUGGUUAAAGAUUUUUGGUGUUCUAGAAGGAAGCAAACUGUGAGGCUGACUGAGAACAAGGAAAGUCUUUGUAUCAAGUGUUGAAGUUCAUAUGCCAUUUUGUUGGUCAGAAUGGGCCCCAAGUUGUAGUGUAAAUAACUUUCUGUAGACUAUAACGUUAUAGCAUUGGUGCUAUAACAUGUCUUUCAGGGCUAAAACAUUAUAGUGCAGCCUUUUAAUAAAAAGAUACUAUUUAUAUGAUAAACAAAAUAUAAAAUUAAAUGUUUAAGUGAAAUAUUUGUAUGACUAAAAAAGGAUAUGGUGCAUCAUUCUGAAGAUUCCCAGAUGAUUUAACAUGUUGAUACUUGCACACUACUAAACAUACAUACUUCUGUUGAACUCUGUAUUAUUGAAAGAAAUCAUUUCUCUGCGUGCUUAAUGCAACGACCCUCUUUCCGUUACGAGAGCAAGUCCUGGUGGUGGUGGUGGGUUCGUUGCUGAAAUGUUCUCCCAGCAGCCGAGGCCCAUGGGUUUACUCUAAGACAUGGGGCGCGCUCCAGGGCAGGUGCGCACCGUGUCCCUGCCGCCGCCCCUGCUGUGUGAGCAGUAACCACUGGCAGAGGGACAGGUCGAAAGCCACGUGUGAUCCCUCAGUAAUAUUUGCCAGAGGGCGUUUGCCAGAGCCCUUAAUCUAAAGGAUGUUUUUACUCUACUUGCAUGGUAACAGGAUACAGUGUGGGGAUUGAUCCUCCAUUUGCUGAAGACUGUACUGAUCUCUCCAUUAACUUCGUCAAAAAACGUAAGACCAUGGAGGUGUUUUUCAGUUAUGUCAUGUGAAUUUCCCGAUGAUAAAACUGCAGAAAACAACACUUUGAGUUUAAUCUUUUUUCAUGUGGUAACGUCAGAAAAAAAUCUUUGAGAGAUGGUGCUGUUUAACAGAAAAUAGCAUUUAUCUGACCAGGUAUUUUUACAUAUGCAUGUACUGCAAGGGGAAAAAAAAAAUUCUCAGUUGUAUGUAAUUGAGAAAACAAGUACAUCCUGUGAUUGUAAAAUUGUAGUGGAAAGAGGCUAAUGUUCAUUACAGGUUACUUUGUUGUGCAAAACAAUAUUCUAAAGUGUAAUGUGAGAGAAACUGUUCUACACAAACACCUGAAACUAAUUCUUUAAUAAAGAGUUAUCUAUUA